ACGCAGCGAAGCCAAGCUGUUUGCCUGAUCCAUCCGUCAUUGUUCACCCGGCUUUUCCCACUUUGAACGAGGGUUUGUGGCAUCAGGAAGUUAAAAGGAGUCAGGAGGGGGGGAAAAGGGGGAGUGUUUCUUUUAAAAAGAGAGUGAGAUUGGAGAGGAGGACACAGGCACUCCAAACCCUGUCUGUGCUUGGUAUAUUAGGCAGCCAGUGCUCUUGGCUGGGAGCCCAGACGAGGCUUUUGUAAUCAAAACAUGAUCUUGUAUGCUGUGCAACCAGUGCUGAGAAAGGCCGUCUGAUGGCUCUCCUCUUUUAGCUCUGCUCUGGAAUCCGCCGGGCUCCGCCGCCGAUGUCCAACAUGCACCGAGCUGAUACUGCUGUGGAUGAUGCUGUGUUAAGGAAGAAAGAGCAGAAAGAUGUUGAACUUGAUAAGAAAAUCUUGGCUUUGCGGAAAAAAAACGAAGCGCUGAUACGAAGGUACCAGGAAAUAGAAGAGGACAAAAAGCGAGCGGAACAGGGGGGAAUGGCUGUUACCUCCAGGAGGCCCAAGCAGGAUGGACUCACUAUUACCAUCACCAAAGCUCACAAUGACAAAAGGGUGGUGAGUGAGAAAUGGGGAAGCCCCUGUCCUACAAGCCCUGCAUUUGGCAUUGGCAGUGAGGAAGAGGAGGAGGAGGAGGAAGCAGAUCAUAUGUUCACAUUCAGGAUGGGGAAGAGGAUGCAGCUGGCUGUUACCAUGGACAACAAAGCAAAGGGCAAGAGGAUCGUCAGUGAGAAACGCACCGAGAGCUUCCCUGGCCCGGGCAGAGUGCCAGACCUGAGUGAGGAGGAGAUGGACCAUUUGGUGGCUUUCCGACGGGGAAGGAGGAUGCAGAUUGCCAUCACCAUGGAUAACAAGGAAAAGGGAGAAGAGCGGAGAACAGCAGAGAAGAGGAGAUCAGAUAGUGAGAGAGGCCCAGAAAGUGAGCACAGCCGGAAGGAUGGUGGGAAGCCAGUCCAGAAGAGCCCUGGAGACCUGAGUUUCCCCAUGACUGGCCGGGAACGCUCAGAGUACAUCCGCUGGAAGAGGGAGCGAGACCAGAUUGACCUGGAGCGCCUGGCACGUCACAAGAAUGCCAAGGGCGAGUGGCGACGGGCUUGGGAUGUGGAGAAAUCAGAGCACAUGUUUGAAGAGGACUUUGUUAAGGAUGGGGAGCCAGCCUUGGAUAAUCCCAGCAGUAAGAAAGGGGGAAGGAAUGCAAGGAAAUUCCAGCACAGAUCUUUUCCUGCAGACGGGAGAGGUGGAGGACAUCGUGGAGUGAACGUGAGCGACCCUGGUCCAAAAGCAGUGCCUGCUGUGAGCAGCCGAGCCAAGGGGAAGGACAGACUGACAGGCAGAGCCAGAAGAUGGGAUGCAAAAGAAGGCGAGGACAUGUCUCUUGUGAAGGAUGACCUCGAUGGCCAGAGAAGCCUUGAUAUGGACAGGCGGAAGAGCAGAGGUGAUGAGGGGGUGGAAGAGAACUGCACAGCUGAGCUGGAGGAAAAGGGGAAACAGCCAAGCCUCCAGAAUCACGGGGCCUCCUCCUCACAGCAGCUGCAAAGUGGGAAGGUCCAGCCUGCCCAGAAUGGCCAGAAGGAGGAGCAGAGGGGAGUGAGGGGCUGGAGCACAGAGGUAUCUGUGGCCAGCGCCGGGGACUCCGAGCCAGGGCCCAAGCCAAGCAAGGAAAGUGUUGGGGAAGAUGCCAGUGGGAAGCCUGGCACUGCUGACAUGUCCCUAGAGAAGGAGAGCACUGACAGCACUGCUUCAGAGAGCAGCCUUCGGAGCACUGUGCAAGGCACCAGGCCUGGCAGCGAGGAGACCUUGUCACUGCCCGUGGGAGUGAUUGUAGAUGGAGCUGGGUUGGAGAAACAGCCAGCUUCAGAACAGGAGCCCUCUGAGAACUCUUCCAGCAGCCAUGGAGGAAAUCUCGACACAAGAGCAGGAGACAGAUUGGAUGCAGACCAAGGACAGCUGGUGAGCAAAGGAGGGGAAGAAGUGACCCAAACCACUGCUCUUGAGGGACAGGCACUUGCACUACAAGAAAGUGAAGAUGCUGAAGGCACUGAACACCAUGAGCCUUUGGCCCCAGGGAAAGCCAGCUCUGACAAGGCUGUUGUGCCUGAGCAGGACACGGCAAAAUCCCAGUCUGGGGAAGGGGACCAACCUGAAGACUGCAAGGACAAGGACAGUGGGGACACUCACAACUAGCAGAUUGCACCAGCUUGCCUGAGACAUAAGGAUAACGUGCUGGAGGCAGUGGAGGAGAAGAGGAGCACAAGCUUGUCCUCACACUUUUACCUUCUAUGAAAUCAGCUUUCAGCACCUGUGCAGUGCCCUUCAGCACCAUUCACAACACAUGGGGUCCCCAUCACCAUCCCCCCACACAGUUCUGGCAUCCCUCUUCCCUAUCCAUGUGUCAAAGGACAGGGAAGGGUGCACACAAUCCCACCCUACAGAGAAAACACCAUCACUUAUCUAUUUGUUUGGCAUAUAUUGCAGCUGCGUGGCAAGCCAAGGAAAUGUCUACUGGAUGCACUUUAUUUUAUUUAAUGACUAAUUAUUUUUAAACUUAUGGCUUGGGUUUCUGGGCACACAUGCUGUUUUUUCCCCAAAGGCUGGAGGUAUGUGCCAGGGGCUGUGCCAGCAACUGGAACAGCAGGAAGAGGUGAUUGGCAAAGGAGAGGUGAGGUGCUAGGGUGUAGUUCAAUAGGUGGGUGAAGAAGUUGUGUUCAGAGCUCUUGUACUAGAGAUUUGCAUGUGGAUGAAGUGUUGGCAGAGGUGUAUGGUAGUGGCAGGGGCUGCGGGGCAUGAACAGGAUGUAUGGAUGGAUGGAGCGCUUCUGAUAAGCACAGAUCAACCCAGCACCUCCUCCUUGAAGAGCUUCCAGCUGUCCUCCCCUUUUAGAAGCUGAGGAGCAUAUCAGGACAGUGCUUUGUGCCAAGGAAGGUGGCUGCUUGGGUGACCAGGUGUGUGCAAAACUCGGCAAACUCCAUGCCCCCUUCCCAAAUGUAACUGGGCAUCCCUGCAGCACAGCAAGGAGGGGGAUAGCACAAUAAUCUUCCUCUCCCACCACACUGCCCAAAGCAGUUGGCAGCAGGACCCAGGCUAAACUGGAGCUGGAGGUCCAAGACUUUGUAUUAAACAUUUUCACCUUCCUGGUUGUGCCUUCCAUAACCUUGUGUUUCAUUAAGAGAGCAGAAAUCCUCUCUAAGCUGCCCUGCAGACCUUCUGACCUGGCCUUAAAGAUACCUUUCAAAUGGAGGAUCUGGAGGAGCUUUACAAGCACAAACAUGCAGGAAUUCCAGCUGCUUGUCUUUCCAGUUACAACAAGCUAGGACCCAGCUGGAAUACCACUAGCACUUAAGGAGCAGGCACAAGGAAUAACACAACAUAAUCUCUGAUUUCUGAAUGACAGGGCAGAUUGGGCAUCACCCUCACUUCAAGGCUGCUCUAAAAUGUGAUGCCAGAGUAAACGUCCCUGGGACAGGUAUAUGUGGAAACUGCCUGGAAUGUCCUGCAGGAUGUUGGCUGACCACGCUGGCAGACUGCCCUGGAGAUCAGGUUGGCACGUGUGGACUGAAAUACUCUAUGCUGCUUUAAUAAACUAAUAUUUGCACAGACAAACAUUUGUUUUCCCACGUGACUUAGACCCGUGACACCUAUCAUGAAGCACAAGCCUGGGAAUUUCCUCCAUGUGCCAAAUUUAGGAGACUUUACUGGCAUCACACCAGGUAUUAUCAAGAAACAGAGCAUGCAGCUUUUGUGUUUUAUCAGUAGAAACAUCUCCACCCCACCAGAGCCUGAGUUUAUUUGGACUUAUCCAACAGAUAAAAGAACAGAUAAAUAGAAGAUUGUAAAACUGCUCCAGGUCCUGGAGCUUCUCCAUCACUGUUAAAGGCUGAUUUUCCUUAUCUGACUGGCUAAAAAACCUGCUUGCAACUGUUUAGUUUUAAAAUUCAUUAUUAUUUUGUACAUCAGGUCUCUGACCUGACUCUUGGUCCAGUCAGACUGAGUCAUUACCAGCAUUUCCCAGGAGCCAGCUUGCCUCAUGGUCCAUGGAACACACAGUCUCAGCUCAAGAGCUGUUGCGCCCCAGGAACAGUUGGACACAUGGCCAGGCAGGAAUUUUACAUUGCCCUGGUCCAGCACUGUGUUGAAGAGAUAAAAAACCUUACUGCCCUAGACUCCAUUCUGAAAGGAAAACCAUCACUGGUCCCCCAUUCCCUCCUUUUUUUUCCUUUCUUCCAAGUGACUUUGCAGGUAAUGAUGCCCAGGAAGAACUGAACCUGAUCCAGGCUCUGGGAAUGGGACUGGACAGCUUGUGCCUGUUCUAAGUGUAUUUUUCCCUGCUCAUUAACACUUUGCUCAAUGCACUUUGUUUGGUGCCUGGGUUGUGAUUUUUUCAGACAACUGUGGCUUAGCUCUUUCUUCUUUAUGGUGAGAGAAAAAACUGAAAAGUUGACAAAUCUGAUGUAGAGGGAUUAUUUAUAUAAAAUAAAAGUUGGAAUGAGGAAAAA